CACCACUGUCAGCUGCUGGAAUGUUUGAUGAUGAUGAAAGGCAACUUGGUGAAGGACAUGCUGUGUGUGAUUGCAUACGGCACGUCGGGUGCACGUGCCUCGGCUGCCAAGCUGCUCUUCUACUAUUGGCCCACCUUCAAUUCCAGUCUGUUCGAGCGCAAAGGAGUGCCGCCCAAAUUCACCACCGACUGGACACCAUUCACAUGCCAGCGCGACACGUGCACUAGCGGGGGCAUGGCGGAGGCGGCCAAGGUGUGCUAUGACCACUGCAUCUCCAUCACGUACGCGGCAGAGUCGCCGCCACCCCUCUACCUCUGCAUCGAGUGCGCCAACGAGAUCCACCGCGACCACCCCAACCAGCAAUUCCACGACAUCCUGCAUCCCAUGCAGCAGGCGUCCGUCUCCUGCGAGAACAAGAAUUGCCGUUCAUCAGAUAAGAGUGUAGUGUCGAUCUGCUUCACAAUGGAAUGUGCUAGCUACAACAGCAAUCAUCCGAUCAGAUACUGCAUGCAGUGCCAUGGCUUGAGACACAACAACAAGCGUGGCGGAGACCAUAUAGUGCACAAGUGCCUCCCGAAAGCAUGGCAAAUGGAUGAUGAGAUGCACACCUAUCUCGUUGAAGCCAUCAUCAGUUUGUUGAAGGAGGCGCGACCUUCGACGCCCGACCUGCAGCGCGACCUGACCGACAUCCAGGCCAAGGCGGCCAUGUUGAAUGUGAUCAACAUCAACCCUCUGCCCAACAUCUCGCUGGAGGAGCGUCAGCUGAUGGGUCGCUUCGGCGUCUGGCUGCUCGUCGGCCUCUGCACGCCCAACCCCAAAACGCCCUCCGAAAUCAUCGGUCGGCUCCUCUCCAUGCUCUUCCACUGGUUCCAUGUCACCGCUUACACCUUCGAUGACCAAGCGGAAUGCACACUUGAACGUCUGAAAACAGACUAUGUUUGUGGUUGGUUGUCCGAAGUGUUGGAGUCCCAUCACGACACAUUCGUCUCCUGCCUCCUCCCCCACCCAGCUGAGUAUGCUCGAGUUGGAGGCCAUUGGGAUAUGCUUGUUUCAAGAACAUCGCAUUUGAAAAAUGGUCUCAACCGAUUAUUCUGUCUGGUACCUUAUGAAGUGAUCACUACUAACAUCUGGGAUGAUGUGAUGCCCCAUUGGCUGGAGGCUAUUGUCAAAGAUGUACCCGAGAACGAAUUACCAGAACUGAAAAUGCUGUUGAGUAAAAUCUUGGAUCCAGAUAUGAGUCCUUUGGGGUUUGACGCAAAAAAACUCUACCAAUUCGUCUCAAUCAGAUUCAAACAAACGACGCCAAAAGUUCAAGAGCAAGCUUUGAAUUGGCUACAGGUAUUGACUGCUUUGGAAAUUGUAAUUCCUCUUCAUCUUCUCUUCUCAUUUUUCGAAGAAGGUAUAAAUAGUUUGAAGCAGACUGGUUCUUCCAAUGAAGAAGAGAAGAGAGACGGACGGAAAACUAGCAUCUCUCCUGUUGUUGAAGAUGAGGGUGGUGGAAAUGGUGGCCUUUCUGAUGAUGAGGCGAAAACGACCAGAUCUGGAAUGAGAUAUGACGACAUUGAGCUGAAGCUAUCUUGCUGUGUUCUCAUGCUAGACAUUGUACUCAAGCAGAUGGAGCGUCACGAGGUGGAGCGGUACACGGGCAUGCACACGGUGGUGGCGCAGGAUGUGAGCCGCUUGCUGCAGUCGAUGCUGUGCCUGCCUUGGCUGAGUAGUGCCAGUGGCACCCACGCGCACUCGCACUCACAGUCGCACGCGCCACCACUGCACUCAUGUCCACGCUGCGAUCUCUCCAUCAUCUGGCAUCAGCUGGCGCUGCAUCUGGUCGAGUACAUUGCGCCCGAAAACCUUGCACAUCCACCCGAUCCACCUGUGGAAGACUCGAGCCUGGAGGAGGGUGGCCACGGUCGCAAGAGUCCGCCGGACUCGGAACGGAAGUCGGAGCCGAAGCCGGAUGUUGUCAUCAACAUGCCGCUCAUGGAGAUCCACUCCGUCGGAGGUGUACUUGUCAACAUGCCUCAUAUUAUGACUGCCACAGUGGAAACUGUGGUUGAGCAAUUGGACCUGGCCCCAAUAAUCAUGGCUGAGAGAAUUCCAAUUCCUCAAAUUGCAAGAGCUGUCACUCUCACUGAUGCAGAUGUUGCCACAGCCAAAGUAUGUGUUCAGCGGCACGCUGUGGUUGGGGAGAACGACCAACCUGUCGACUCGCUGGACGAAGACAUGGAUGAUUUCUGGCCGACUUCAGUUGGCAAGUUUAAGUUUUCUAUCGAAGAACUUCCACAGCAACUUCAGUUCAUACAUCAGGUUCUCAAGGAACUAUCGAAGACUGAAUCGCCUGUGGUUCUCUACUAUCUGGUUCAAAGUCUGCAUCUUAUGGUACUGCAUGGUGAUGCUCUCAACAAAGCUACCAAAGACCAUAGAGGCUUCAUUAUUUGGUGUCAAGAGACUUUGCUUAUCAAGAAUCUUUGGGACCUGUGCAAUGCCGAAUACUCUCACAUUUGCGAAGUUUGUGUGCCAAUUCUGCUGCACUGCAUCACUCUGCCAUCCGGCUCCGAUGUUUUCUGGCGAGUCAUCAAAGAAGAAUUCCACACCACCGAUUGGAAAGUGCGCUUUGAUGCAGUUGGGAGAGUGGCAGUGAUUGCUAGAUUCAUGGACUCGACGCCGCUGCGAACAAACCUCCAGCUACAGGCAGCAUUGGCCAAUGCCUUCUGCUAUCUCAUAUCAAGUAUGGACGAUUUGAAUGUGCAAGUGGCACAGAGAGCUACUCUAUAUCUUGGCACUAUCCAUGACACGGCCAUAAAAUCGCUGAUAAUGUGCUUAGAAACGCAGUUUGACAGCGUUAUAGUGGACAGACCAAUGGUUCUGCAGUCAUUGUAUCAGCUGCAUAAUUGUCUCAGCGAUCGAAAAAUACUGACUUGGGAGUUCUUUCUCAAUCGAUUUGAUGCUCUUUUCAUUGAAGCACAAAUAAGUCUAGAAAAAUCUGGAGAUAUUGCAUACCUAAGAGAUCUAAGAAACAAUGAAGUGAACAGUGAGUUGUUUGUGAGGAAACUGCACAGAGCACAGGAAGCACUCUCGCUGUCGGACGGAAGCUCGGCCAAGACGUUGAGUGCCAGCUUUGGCCAGAAGUGGCCCUACAAGAGAACAAUGUCGGCUCCCGCCUCCAUGGUGCCACGGCAAGGCCAAGGCCAGGCUGAUGAAUCGCUAAAACUAAUCAAAGAGCGCGAGAAGAUCUACAGCCGGCAAUAUUCGGCUCCCAUUCUGAAGCGGAAAAGCUCCCGUUUCGGACUAGGUGGGUUUGUUGGUACAAUGACUCCCAAUAGUUCGAAUGUGAUGCCAGAUGGGCAUAUACAUUCGAUAAAUGCAAAUGAUGAUGUAAAUUUGACCGCAUUUUUACACAGAGUUAUUGAUUUGGAAGAAGCCGAUAGAGAAACUAUCCAUUUGUUGGUAUUUUUAUUGAUGCAAUUUUUGUCAAGAUCUGAUCAGGCAUACCCAAGUGAUGAAAAGAUAAUGGCUAAACAUCAACACAUCGUUUUGAGGCAUUUCUAUCUGCUAUUGGGAUAUAAUCUAAGUGAGAAUAAAUUCCAUAUCACACCUACCCGUCUAAGGAGUUCGCCGGUGUUCAAUGUGUUCAUUUCGAACCUGCCACAACUGUUGGACCAGAACCACCUGAUGGGUGGCAUGUUGGUGGCUCCGCAUUGCGCUCUGGUGGCCAACCUGCUGCACUUCUGUCCGGCGCCCCCCCACCUCAGCGACCCCUGCCAGCCCAACCCCACCUACAGCCUCUGGCUCCUCGAGCCACACGUGCGACACUCCUGGCUCAUGGCGCUGCUUGUCCUCCUCUACAAGUAUCAAUACAGUACGUCACCGUUGAGCCAGCAAAUGCAAACUCUAGUUCGCAUUGUGAUCAAUACAUUGGAUUCACAACAUCACGUUUGCAAACACAUUCCACCAACUGUCUACGUUGGAGGCCCACCAUCGCGAUCUAGAGAUGUGAGCCAGCCUUCACUGGGCGUUGAUGGGGAAGGAGGCGGGGGCGGGGACAAGAUGGAGACUCCGCCCCUCUCGCCCAUGUACUCGGGCGAUGGAGCGCAUGCGCCGAAGGGCAAGACCACCGCCAUGUACCACCAGAAGUCUCCCGGCUCCAUGGAGACGCACUGGGAGGAGGACUCCAUCCACUUGACCGCGGCUAUGCGCGCGCAGGGAUCCACUCAUUCAACUGAAGCUGAUGAGACCGAAUCUGAACUAGCGGCUAUUCCAGAGAGUUGUGGAAAAUCUGACAGUACAAUACAUGGAAGCUCACCGGGAUCACUGGAUGAUGAUGAUGCUGACAAAAAGAAAAUUGGGGAUUGCAGUGUGAAAUACAGCCGUCCUGUUUGGAUCUUGGGUAGUGAUGAGUCCACAAAUGAGAAGGUAGCCAGCAGCAACUGCCAGAAGCUAGGCAUCAAAGAAGGCAUGAAGAUGCUGGUGACUUCAUCUCUGUUCAGUGGGGGCGGUCCUAGGCUGCCGCCUCCCCUCCCCACCACUGUGAUGGUAGCUGCCGCCCCCGCCAUACUCCAUCCACCGCCCCCAACCACCCACCUGCCACCCUCCAAUCCCAUUCCUAUUCCUGUUGCAGCUCCUCAGGCGCAACUCCUCGCUCAGGAUAGUAUACAGCACUCUGUCACACCACAAAGAUCACUUGAGAAAGAGCAUUCAUCAGAAAAAGAGGGGGACAGCUGCUCACAGCACGGCUCGCCAAUCCCGCGCCAACAGAGGAGGCUGGCAGAGGGCAACCAGACACCCACCUCGACCUCGUCGUCCACCCCCACCCCCACACCCACCGCGCAUCCGCCCUGGCAGAUCGAAACACCCAUUUCGCACCUCAGAGCUCAGCAGCAACUACAACAGCAGCACGUAGCACCGCCCCCACCACCCCCACAGGAACGACUGCUGCCCAUCGGUGGCGGCAGCAACCACCGCAUGAUCGCCAGGCCCACUCUCGCACGCGCCUGCACCCGGAGCUACGAGGAGACAACCGGCUCCCCGGAGUCCCCCAUGUCCAAGAUGAUGCUCAUGCCACCAAUCGGAUCCCCCAACGAAGUCGACAGUGAAAACAAUCUCUCUCACUCCGAUCAAACCUCAUUGCACAGUGUCUCUCAACUAGAAAUUCCACUUCAAGAACGUCUAUUAGUAUUUGGAAACACAUCCAUCCCCAGCCUAGUUCAACACGUCCACCAGGCUCUCGGUGUUAAAUGCGAUCGCUCUCACAAGUACGGCGAUACAGGUGUUACUACUCAGUCUCCCAGUGAUGUUGAUUCGUUGUCCUACACCAAGCAAGAGAGUUUCGAAAAGUCGGAUACCCCUCAUUGUUUGAGGAGUGUUAGUCCUCGACGUUUACUCAAGCAGUCGCCCGUGAUGUUGGAUUCGCCCCCCGCCAGUCAUCCCCCGCCAGACAUGAUCGAUCCUUUCAGAAGAACUCUGCAUGGGGAAGAUGGCGCACGAGGUCAGCGCCAGAAAUGCAAGAAGGGAGGCUUGUUUUCGAUUGGAAGCCACUUUACCGACCACCCCCGCCGGCCUGGUAAUUGGUGCGCUGGCUCUCAACAGUCCAAAACUGAUCUAGCCACUCAGACGGCUUGUCAUGCAUCUCUAGACUUGAAACAAAGCUCCUACAGAAUAGGUGAUGAUUGUUUAAUCGAUCGUUGUGGCGAGUGUGGAGCUCCAAAAGAGGAGUACAGUGAUGAGGAGCUCGGCUUGUGUAUUGUUAUCAUCGGCACAUUCAUUCAUAGAGAGCCGGCACUAGCCGCCCAAAUGUUGCCCGAUAUUUUGACCAUCAUUGCAAAGUUAGCACUCAGUGCCACUUAUCCUUGGCAGAGUGAGAGUAAUGUCUAUCUUCCGGGUGGUGCAAUCAGUGUUGCCCAUCAAUUCCUGCGUUGUGUUCUGCAUCAACUAGCUCCCAACGGCGUGUUUGUUCAGAUGUUUCAAACUCAUGUUCACGAGACGGCUAGAAUGCAAUUUUUCCGAAGUGUAUCUCAAGCUCUUCUUGAUUUCAAUGAACUGAAUCCGAUAGCCCCUCUACAACUACUUCUAGAGUCAUUGAAUAGUAAGAAAUGUCUGGAAGGUAUGCCGUUAAUUCUUUUCAACAUGGCUUGUUACCUAGAUUGUUUACCGCUUGAGGCUGGCCUGGGCCCUGGUUCUGGAACCUGGAAUGUCCUGUUGGUUCAACUCGAGUUGCUUUUUAGACGUUUAGCUCUCCAACUAUCUUCUCUACAUGAUAUUGUCCCUCUCUUAAGAAUUAUGAUAUCUGUUCUAAGAGUUCCUGGAAUAGCAAAUUGUAAAGGGAUAUUGGAGCCAUUCUCAAAAGUUCUCAGUCAUGCUAUUCAACAUCAUAUACUGAAGUAUCACUUUGUUGUAGAUCUAUGCUAUCUGUGCAAUAAGGCGUUCACAAGAGAACGUGAGAAGCAGGUAUUGACACGGACAGUAGUGUUUGAAUUGGUUCAAGUAUUGAAAUUUAAAACCUCAAUACCAGAUUCCAAUUUCCUACUGUUGAUUAAUUUUAUCCUGCAAGAUGCUGGCGGUUUAUUGCCGCUUGCUGUGGCAAUGGAAGACAAUCCUCCAAUGUUUCCCGAUGGUCCGGUGUUUGCAACAUCAGCUGCAGAAGCAAUGCGCCAUCAUCUGGGUGACGCCGUCGAGUUCUUGUCAGACUUCCAUACGUUGAGCAAGAUUAAAAGUAUCUGUACAAAAAAUGUUGAUGGGAUUGGACUCAACGAAGAUACAAUCGGUGGAAUGCUGAAAAGUGGUGUCGCCCAGUAUGUGGCACUGGAAAUGAUGAGAGGUAAUGGAAGAGAUAACAGAGCUGUAGCACGCAAUUUGCCAUGGCUUUAUAAUAUACCUUCUUCAGCUCAACAAGGCCCUCGCGAGUUUCUAGACUGUGUUUGUCAUGUGAGAAUGUUGUCUUGGUUGUUACUGGGUGCACUAACACACACUUCGUUGCAUACAAGUACAUGUCUGCCCAUACCCCAGGACGCUUCCUGCAAUAUAGCAGAUCAUGUUCAAGUUAUAAUGUCUGGUUUUGCCGAGCAGUCAAAGGCAUCCGUACUGCACAUGUCGGCUCUUUACCACGCGUUUGUCCUCUGUCAACUGUGGACGGUGUACUUGGAGCAUGCAGCCGCCAACAACCUGCCUAGCAGUGAACUUCAUUCGACAACAAUGGGCAUACUGUUUGACUUCUGGGGUAAGGUGACACCGAGCAUUCUGCAACUAAUUCAGUACACAAAAGUGCUGGCCGAAAUGGUGAAUUUGCACUUUUUGAAUCUACUGGAAGCGUUGAUCGAAUGCAAUUCAACCGUUCUGAGUAAACUGAUGCCAGUGUGGAAGCCGAUUCUGCUCUCGAACCAGGUGCAAAUGCCCGCUCAUAUGUUGGUGCGCCUGCAAGCUUGCUGCAACCAGCCACCGGUGGCCGAGGUGAAUGGAAUCGGUGGCACUGCGAAGCAGCCGGCCAACAACAUCCUGCUGCUGCGCUGGCUGCAGAGGCUGCAGUUCAAGAUGGGCCAAAUCGAACUGCAGUCUUCUGUCGCUACAACUUUCUACUCCCUAUGAUAGUAUCUAGACACUAUCAUAAAAGUCUAUGAUAGGUGAAUCAAUUAUUACAUUUGUGAAUGCGAAAAUGCUGCUCACAUAAGACUAUAUAAACUGCUAAAAUAAAUUAAUAGGUUAAUCAAAUAUUCCAAUAGUGAAAGUGAAUAUACUCGUCAGACUAUCAAGUAUAAAGAUAGUAAACAUGUAAAUGAACUACCGUACUAAAGUAGUACAAUAGUGAAAGUGAAUGUUCACAUGAUGAAGUACUGUUUAGAAUAGGUUUUAGAACAGUGAAUGUGAAAGUUCACAUUUUAUUACUAAUAAUAUAAGUAGCCUAAGGGAUAAGUCUUAAAGAUUAAGUCCCCAAUGAUAUUACAAAGAGUGACACUCUUUCAUUCAUCACUGAUAGUAUCUAUGACUUGAAGAUAUUAUCUUCAACGUGAAUGAUCAAAUUAGAGAGUACUCACCUCCAGUACAGGAAUUAGAAUGCAAAUGAUAGAAAAAUUAGUUUUAUUGUACAUACAGUAAGAUUAAGUCCCCAGUUUUCAAUUUUUUUUCAAUUCAAUUUAUUAAUGUCAACAAAAAAUUAAUAUACAAUUCAUACUUACAAACAUAAAAUACAAAUUCUUUAUAAAAUAAUGAAUAUUUACAUGUGAAUAUAUAAUAUAUAUUCAUAUGAAUAAUAUUGUUGCAUCCCUCUUUAAGCAAAGCUUGUGAUGAGGGAUGGUGUAUCUCUAGAAUGUUGGAUAGCAUAAUAAGAUACUAAUAUACAUCGUAAUAUUAAUAACAUAAUUAGAUUUUAUAAUUUUACAUUACAAUAUCAAGAAAAAAAGAAAAUUCCAUUCUCUUAUGCUAUUUUCAUACAAAUGUUGCUCUUGUAAUCAGUAUAGGCCUAAUUGAGAUUCAACUAUAUGUUCUACAUCAAAGAUAAAGAUCACCAAUAUUUAAAAAUAAAACAACAAAUUCUCUUCUGCUCUGUCAUACUAAGUAAGAUAUGUAUUUUAAGAAUAGAAUUGAGAUUUACAAACAGAUUUGAGAAAUAAAUCAAAAUUAGUCUUCAUUUUGUCUCCCUAAUAAGUAGUGUUGAAGAUACUGUCUAAAAGUUUUGAAAGUGAAAGAAUAAUAACAAAUUGGUAUACAUUGGGAUGCUCCUGAAACUUCAAGCAACAGACGGUUUAAAAGUCUAGGACCAUAAUACGCUGCAUGAGCACUGGCAGCCGCUGUUCUACAAGGUGGUUCUAGCAAAAAUUUCUCAGAUUGUCUACGAGUAACAUAGCCGCCAUGAGGGGCUAUAGGGAAUCUAUUGGGCCACGAAUAGACAAAACUAGCUAGGUCAAGAUCAUACAAGUGCUCAAUACUGAGAACAUUGAAUUCUCUAUAGAGCAAAUUUGUUGGAUAUCUAACCGGUUUUUUCAAGCAUAUUUUAAUAAUUUUCUUAUACAAUACUAUAAGAGGCUUAAGAACGGUAACACCACAACCACCCCAGCCAAUUAUACCAUAUCGCACAACUGACUGACUGCACAAGCGCAAAGAAAACCAUUUUAAUUUGCUCAACUGUAAAAAUAUUUCUCAGUUGAACAAACUUAUACAGCGUCUUCCUCAACCUAGAACAUAAAUCAAACUCCCCUGGUUAUCUGGCUGACCUGCUGAGGUCAAAGAAAAUGACACUGCAGUAGUUUUUGCUAUAUUUAAACUAAGUUGAAAUCUAACCAGUUUUUUUAUAACUUUCAAACCCUCAUUAGCUCUACAAAAAACAUCUUCCCAUUUUGAUGCACAGAAACUAGCAACAGUGUCGUCAGCAAAAGAAAACAAAGAACAGCUCUCAAGCUCUAUCUUGAGUAAGUCAUUAAUGUAAAUCAAAAAUAAUAUUGGACCCAGAACUGUUCCCUGUGGCACACCCAUCGUAAUUUCUAAUUCUGAGCUCAUUAUACCAUCAACACCAACCACCUGUGAUCUACAACUGAGAUAGCUUUUGAAGAAACCCAAAGCAACACCUCUAAUCCCAAUACCUUCUAACUUUCUAAAUAAAAUAUUGUGGUCCACUGUAUCAAAAGCCUUCUGGAGAUCAAAAAACACAGCUAUACAUUUUUCUUCCCUGUCCAGUGUUUCAAUAAUUCUCUUAGUAACAUUAUAUACAGUAUCAUUAUAUUACACCCUUACGAAAACCAAAUUGGCAAUUAGAUAAAAUUUCAUAUUUUUCCAAGAAUUCGACCAAACGAGUCUUAACACAUUUCUCAAUCACCUUUGACAAACAUGAAAGCAGAGAAAUUGGGCGAUAGUUCCCUGGAUCACUUUUGUUACCAUUCUUAUGCAAAGGAAUAACAGUGGCCUUUUUCAACUCGUCGGGGAAAA